UGGAGUUGCGCGCUAUACCCCGGACUUUUUGUGCGCUUUUUUUCCCCAAAAUUUCAAAACCCUCAUUUCUUUUAGUCUCAAAUUCUUAAGUCUCUAGUACAGUACUUCCCAUUUACCAAACUUCAGAUAUAUUCUAGAGAAUUCCCAUUACCAAACUCUUUUCAAAACCCCCAAUACAGAACGAUGUCGACAUUGGCGCUCCGGCAUCCAUUUGGAGAUUAAUUAUCAGGAGUAAAGCAGUACGUCAGUUUCGGUAUUUGCAGCACUACACUCCCUCAGUUGGCCUAGAUGAAGGGGAUUAAGGCUAAAUCAAUCCCUCAAAAAAAAGUGAUAACAGAUUAUGAAAGGCAAAGACUAGAGCAGCUGAAGCGUAACGCGGACAUUAUGGCAACUUCUGGAAAAGGAACUUUGGCAUCACAAAUUUAUGAUAAAUCUCGAGCCUUUUCAUAUGCCCUUAAUGCUAUCAGCACAUGGGAUGACAAUAAUUUGUUUUCAGAUGAAGAUGAUGAAAAUGAUGAUGAGUACAUACUUGAAUAUGAGGGUAACCAGGAUGAAAUUGACUCUGGUACUAUAACAAGCAAACGUAAGGCUGUUGUGAGUGGGAAAUUUUGUGGAGGGUCAACAAGAGGCAUGCCACCGCUUUCACAUCUGCCACAUGUCAAGGAUAUUGCUACCAAAAAGGCUUCUCGCAAGGGCUCUUCAAACAAGUCAGGCUCAAUGGCUGCAUUUGUUCAGAACACCACAAAACAUGGUGUGGAAAACCAUACCGAGCUACCUCCAGUCAAUUCAGUAGGCAAGUUUCAACAAAGAGAUCACCAAAAUGGAAAUAACCCAUCAGGAAAACAAGCUCUCCAGCCACAAAAGAAACAUCAACAAAAGACUUUUUGUCGUCCUGGAUCAUUGACUGCCUUUCGUGAGCUACGAAAAAAUCAAUCAGAGAAUAUGAUUCAAGACAAUGAAACAAACAGUACUUCCAACCUUGAAGUGGCAUAUGAAGGCCAGUUGAUCUCUAGUAGUGCAAAUGACAUUGUAAAUGAACAACCUGUAGAUGAUGGCAACAAUGUAAUUGAAAAUAUAACUGAAGCGAUAGACGAGGAGAUUGAGAACUAAAAGCCCACAAGAAGUUCCUGCAAAAAAGAAGCAUCGAGGUCCAACAAAAUUGGUUAAGGUUCAUGCUCGUCCUAGGGAGGAACGCCCUUACCUUAUCUUGAAUAUUUAUGGGCAACCAGUUGGACCUACUGAUGAAGUAGUCGAAAUCAACUCAUUUGCACAAAAAAUCAUCAAUGAGGGAAUAGUUAAAUUCAGCAUGAAGCAUCGAAAAGUAUUAAGAAAAUAAAAAAGAAUCCAAAAAUAGGGUGGAAGCAACCACGUUGUCCUCUACAAUCUGCAUACACAAAGCACUGUGGUUACUUUGUAUGUCGCUAUAUGCUGGACAUUAUACAGAACAGAGUAUUAUGGAUUUCUGAGCAGAUCUUUCCCAAAGAUCCUUGCACAUAUUCUUCAGAAGAAAUUGACGAGAUUAGAGACUUAUGGAUUCAAUAUGUUCUUGAUCACGAGGAGCCGGAAGAACCUUAGUGAUUGGUGAUUACAGCAUGAAUACCGUUAGUCUUGAUACUUGAAAAAUCUCUACAUUUUUUAUUUUGAUACAUUGGCAAUUAGCUAUUACUGUGUACAUAUAUUAGUACUG